UUGAAGUGGCCGAGGAGGGUCCUCCCACUGGCCCGACGCAGCCAUAAAAGCAGGCAGAGGCUGCAGUCAGACACUCAGAGGGACUUGAAUCUCCUUUUGAAGCCUGCUCAUCUUCAGUCUUUUGCACUGCUCAAGAAUCGACAAUGUCCAGCUACAGAAAGUCAGCAUCUGUCCAGGGCUACGGAACCAGCACCAGGAGGUCCAAUGCCACACCAGGCGGCAGCAGCUACACCAUGUCGAAGAGAACCAGCUAUGGCGUUGGUUCGGCUCCGGGUGCUAGCUUUAGUAGUGGCAGUGCAUUUGGCUUUGGUUCCAGCCAAGGGGGUGGCAGUUAUGGUGGCUUUGGUUCCAGCCAAGGGGGUGGCAGUUAUGGUGGCUUUGGUUCCAGCCAAGGCAGUUAUGGCGGUGGUAUGAUCCAACCACAGAUCACCGCUGUCAGUGUCAACUCGAGCCUGCUGGCCCCACUGAACCUGGAGAUUGACCCCAACAUCCAGGUUGUCCGCACCCAGGAGAAGGACCAGAUCAAGACCCUCAACAACCGCUUCGCCUCCUUCAUCGACAAGGUCAGAUUCUUGGAGCAGCAGAACAAGAUGCUGGAGACCAAAUGGAGCCUCCUGCAGGACCAGACCACCACCCGCUCCAACAUCGACGGCAUGUUCGAGGCCUACAUCGCCAACCUGCGCAGACAGCUCGAUGGGCUGGGCAACGAGAAAGUCAAGCUGGAUGGAGAGCUCAAGAACAUGCAAGGCCUGGUUGAGGACUUCAAGAUAAAGUAUGAGGAUGAAAUCAACAAGCGUGCAGGUGCAGAGAACGAGUUUGUGCUCCUGAAGAAGGAUGUCGAUGCUGCCUACAUGAACAAGGUGGAGCUGGAGGCCAGGGCUGAUGCUCUUCAGGAUGAGAUCAACUUCCUCAGAGCUGUCUAUGAGGCUGAGCUUCGCGAGCUGCAGGGCCAGAUCAAGGACACCUCUGUCGUUGUGGAGAUGGACAACAGCCGUAACCUUGACAUGGACUCCAUUGUGGCUGAAGUGCGCGCUCAGUAUGAGGAUAUUGCCAACCGCAGCAGAGCUGAAGCAGAGUCCUGGUACAAACAGAAGUACGAGGAGAUGGCGUCUUCAGCCGGACAGUAUGGUGAGGACCUGCGCUCAACCAAGACUGAGAUCUCUGAGCUGAACCGCAUGAUCUCCCGUCUUCAGAAUGAGAUCGAGGCUGUCAAAGGACAGAGGGUAAACCUUGAGGCUCAGAUCGCAGAGGCCGAGGAACGUGGUGAGCUGGCAGUGACGGACGCCAAGCUCCGCAUCAGGGACCUGGAGGAUGCUCUGCAGAGAGCCAAGCAGGACAUGGCCCGCCAGGUGCGUGAAUACCAGGAGCUGAUGAACGUCAAGCUGGCCCUGGACAUCGAAAUCGCCACCUACAGGAAACUGCUGGAAGGAGAGGAGGACAGAAUCAACAGCGGAGGCUCCACCGCAACCGUUCAUGUGCAGCAAAGCUCUGCAGGAUCCCUCAGCUCCAGCAAUAGUUAUGGUGGUGGAUAUGGUGGUGGACAAGGUGGUGGAUAUGGUGGUGGAUAUGGUGGUGGACAAAGUGGUGGAUUUGGUGGUGGAUUUGGUGGUGGAUAUGGUAGUGGUGGCACCAUCACAUCCAAGUCCACAUCAACAUCAUCCAGCAGCAGGAGGCCCUUUUAAAAAAGGAGAGUCGUCCCUCUUCUCCUUCAGAAACUUUUGACAUCCAUCAAGCUGUGGUCCUUCAGGGUGCUAAGCAAUACUGUUAAUAAUGUUUGACCAGUGGGUUGAAUAUCCCAAAAAUCGAAUUCCUUGAAAUACAUAUAUAAAAUCGUGUUACACUGCCAUCAUGUGUUUUAAGGUAUUUAAGUAUUUCAGCAUGAUUUAACAAGAGUUUCUGAAGGUAAACUUUAAACACACAAGGCCCAGGUCAGUUAGCAAGAUGAAACUUGUUUUCUUUUGUGCAGUGACAUAAGAAAACAUUGCAAAAAUAACAAGGGUGUUGAAACUAAGCAAGGAAACAGAGAACAGUGAAAGUCAGUGUUCUGUACUAUUCUGAUAUCAAUAAUAAGAGCAAGUCAUUGACUAAUUCCAAUCACGACAGAAUAGGAGAAUUAUACAUUUGUGUGACAUGACACGUUUACAUUUAUACUUUGAAGUGUUUGGUCACUGGCUUGUUCCCUUUUACUGCUCUGUCAAAUGUUUCCCUGCUUGGUUUUGCCUUUCCUUGCCUUCAAGCUAAAACUAUGUUGAAACCGGAUUUAUUUUGUAAAAGCCUUCGCAUCAGCAACAUGACAUCGAAUGAAUCUGAAUAAAAUAAAUCUGAGAACCAAAAA